GAUCCCCUCUUCUUUCCAUCCCUCUCCCGCGCACGCGCCGUCAAACCCUAGCUGGCUAGCUCCGUCCCUCCUCCUCUCAUGGCGUCCCCGCGUGCGCCCGACUGGCCCCGUGGCCUCGUCUUCGCCCCCGGCGACGCCGAUCUCAUAACAAUCCACCUCCAGCGCAAGAUCUCCGGGUCCUCGCUCCCCGCCGCCGACGCCCGGUACAUCCACAACGCGGACGUGUACGGGGCCGAGCCCGCCGCGCUCGUCACCGGCCUCCUCUCCGCCUCGGCGAGGAGCGACGGCGAGGGCAGGGAGUGGUACUUCUUCACCUCCGUGCGGGCCCAGAGCAGCCGGGACACCCGCAGGUGCCGCGCCGUCGCGGGUGGGGUCGGCACCUGGCAUUCGGAGAAGGCGCGGUGCGUCGUGCUCGAUGGGGGCGGCGCCGUCGUCGGGUACCGCCAAUCCUUCACCUACGAGCCCAAGAACGGCUGGCUGAUGCUAGAGUUCAGCCAACAAGAACCCCGCCGCGGCGAGGCCAUGCCCAUCCUCUGCAAAAUCUACCAGAAGCGUCGUGCCGGCCGGUCCGCCUCGAAGACGAUUUCGGCUGGGUCGUCAUCGAUGUCGGAAUCCAAGAGGAAGGCGGCGGCCGCGGACGAGCGCUCCGUCGAGGGUUCCUCGGCCCGCGUGAGGCGAUGCCUGCAGUUCCGUCCGCCUCCUGCCGCACCAAAUCCGCCCGCACUGGUUGCUACAUCGGAGAUUCAAGAAGCGUUCUUGCUUUCAGCCCAGCGGCCGCAGGCAGAGCAAGAACCAGAGGAGUCGCAAGAACCGCCGGUACGCAUAGCACACACAGCCACACCGCUGAUUCCCAGCUUCUCCAUGGCCGCCGACCACGCCCUGAGCUUCGACCGCACCACCUUCCUCCGCCCCGCCCAAGAUUGGCCCAUGCCAGCGAAUUCGGACCUGAGCGACACGUCGACGGCACUACUGAGCAAUUAUGGCUUCGUCUCACCAGCCACCUCCGAGCUGAGCUGCUACAAUGCCACGACACCCUUGAGAGAUAACACCGGCGCUUGGGCCUUCCAGCCGUCCGCCCUGACCUCCUCCUAUGACACCACCUUCCUCCUCCCUGGCCAACAUUGGGCCACACCAGAGUCGUCACAAGUCAGUGAGGCAUCGACGCUGGAUAGCUACGGCUGCUUCUCGCCCGACCACGCCACGUCCAGGACCACCACACAGCCGAUCAGCAACGGCACCGGCUAUUGUUGGUCUUUCCCGCAGUACAGUGAGCUAUCGGCAAUUUUUGGCGCCUGAUUGAGUGCUUUGAUAUGCUUCCACGUUAGGCUAAGAGGAGUGUUGACGUAUAAUGUGCUGCCUAGUCUCUUUCAUCAGAUCGGUUUGUUGGUUGCAUUGGCUAGAGCAUGCACUUUUACAUGGUAUCGAAGCUAAGAGGUCUUGUUUAGGCCUGAAGGAGCCACACGUGAGGGGGAGUGUUGACGUAGGGCUAGAGCAUGCACUUCUACAGUGUGGGUCUGCCUCCUUUAGUUUGUAGGGAUUUUUUUGCCAUACUCGAUUGUUCUUGGUAGACUUUUUCAGCAGCAACUCUGCUUUCUGUUGGAACCGAGGCUUGGUUCAGUUAACCGGCAUCUUAGCGGUCCUCCGGCGAUGUAACUGGGAUGCACACAGCACACAUAGCUGUGGAUCCUUCGUUGUGCACUCUUCCUAUAGCCGUGGUUUAGUACAAGAGUUUAUU